AAUCAAGAAGUAUGGGAGGGAGUCAGUAAUGGUAGGGUGUGUGCAUUGUAGGUCAAGAAGUCUUGUUGUAAUCAUAUUCCACGAUCAGGAUCCACCAACAAUCAAAGACGCGGACAUUUGCAUCCUGCAUCUUAAUUGGUUUAAUUGAUAAAAAAAGCCUACUCCGGGUUUCCAGAAACUCCACCAACAGCCACGCGGUGGCGGUAGAGCGCUAACCGCGCAUAGCCACUCCGCCGGAAAUGAGGAGUAGAAGAAGAACGAGUGAUCGGGGAGAGCAGGUCCAGCACCGACGCCGCGUCAGAUGUUCAAUAACCCGUGAAAACCCCGCAAACCUCCGCCUGUCCGCGCCUCUCUCCAGCGUCACCACCCCGUGUGAGUUGUGAAUAAUGAAGAUUGAUCUGUUGUUUACUCUGUAAAGCUCCCCCUGCGCCGCUGAUAAUGCUGAAAAUGAAACUACCGAUGAAAACGGCCGAGGAAGGAGAGGACGAGGCGGUCGAGGACGACUCAUUGGAUCGGUCGGCGCACCAACAUUUCCCCGGGGCGGCAUCUCCCUCCUCGGCGUCCUUCGGGCUGGAGGAGUCGCCGGGAGCUCACGGGUCUCCGUCCCAGCUGGACAAGGAGACCGUCUACGAGUGGUUCGGCCUGCAUUUAAACCCGGCCAAGCGCGUCGAGUUCAUGUGCGGGCUCCUACAUAUGUGCCAACCCCUGGAGCUCCGUUUUUUGGGAUCUUAUCUGGAGGACCUCGCCAGGAAAGAUUAUCAUGUUUUACGGGACUUCGAGUUCCGGGCUAACAGUCCGGGCGAUCUGGGCGUUUUGACGGACGUGAUUGACCCGGUGGUCCGCUCCAAACUCCUGGUCUGCCUGUCCCUCCUCGGGUCCGACAGCAGGGAAUGUGCUGGAAUACUCUUCGGGAUUCUGAGCCAUGUAGACCCGGCCCUGUUCUACAAAAACUAUGACUACUCCCAUCUUCCGUUCAGGGGUCCUCACCACCACCACCACCGCCCGGUCCACCCGCCGUGUCAGGACGGGGGAGUGUACGGGCGCUCGGAGCAGACCUGCGGCUUCUCCGCCAACGAGACGGCGGCGGGACCUCUGGAGCAGUUGGCGCUGCUCUUCACCAUGGCCUCUCUGCACCCAGCUUUCCAUUUCCACCAGCGGGAGACCGUCCGGGGCCAGCUGGACAAAAUCGAGCUGGCUAUAGAGGAGAGACGCCAGAGUCAACUGAGAAUCAACGCCCAGACAACGGAGCUGAAAGGUCAGAAAGUGGAUUUCCUGCCCCCCCCAGCACUGGGUUUGGGAGAGUGUACUGCUUCACAUCCUCCGUGUCAGAGCCGACGCUCCAGCCGCUGGGUGGCACAAAGAGAAGCGGUGCAUAUAGAGGGGAUUGUGCUCAGGGGCAUCUCUCGGACCAGAAUAGACAAGGAAUACAAAUUUGAGGUGAAGUGGUCAGACUCUUCUUCGACCCGUGUGACCAAAACCCACCUGGAACUGGAAAACUUCCUUCUUAAGCUUCCUAAGGAUCAGUGCACUGAGUCUUUUGAGAAGAGCAUCCUGAGGCUUCUGAACCAGGGCGACCAGUAUGAGAGCAGAGAGGUGGAGAAGAACCUCAGGGAAAGGUUCCUGUCUGCUCCUCCAGUCUUCAGACAAACCAGAAAGGUCUGCAGCUUCUUCAACUGUGACUCCACUUACUCUGCUAAACCCAGUACUUGCAGAUGCAACUGCCAGCUGGGAAAGGCCUACCAAGGAGACUGCUCCGAUGCCUCCAGUCAGGAAGAAGAUUUAGAGUCGUAUGUUCAGGGACACAUGAAAAAGCAUGGGACCAAGAGCCCAAGUCAAGGUCUCUCUAGUGCCAAAGCCUCUCAGGGAGACAGUUGGAGAGGGGGGCACACUGCAGAGGUCAAUGGUCCUGCUGAGAGGAGGAAGAAGAGCUGUGCACUGAGGAGCAGUCAGGAGGCUGAACAGCUGAAGCACCAGGACACUGACAAGAGAAGCCACCCAGUCACUAAAACCAAGAGCCGAGUCGUGCCCUCUGACAGGGACAAGGGGAAGGGGAAAGGAGCUGCCUUUGUGACCAAUGGUAGUUUGGUGCCAGCUCAGUCGCCUCAGAGGAAAGGUGAGU